CAUAUCCCGCCCUAGUUUUUCUCAGCGCAGCUCGCUCAUGUUUCCGUCUCAUCCAGCUGUGGCGGGGGAAAGACUGGAGGUGACGCCAGACGCACCCGAGCGCGUGGGGUUUCACUUUGUACCGAAUCGCGGCGGGCAGGACGUGACCCGCAGGCCGGAGGGCGUGGUGCCGCGUGACGUAUUUCCGCUUCUUUUCGUCCGCUUCGUGUUUGGUUGGACUGGCUCAUCGCGGGGAGGGAGGGAGAGGUUGUUUUCAGUGGCGGAGCUUCGCGCACGGGAGGGUAAGCACAGCUCCCUGGACAGUGUCGUCCGCAGCCUGCUCGGGCCCAGCCUGGAGGCACCUGCCUCCGUCCUCCCGAAUGGUGCGCCUCCUCGCAGGUCUUGGCCCAGGAUCCAGGCCCCCUUUGCUCCCUGCCUCAGAACUGCCCCGGGUCCCUCCUGGUGGGCUCCCUGCGGCUGGAAGGGAAGAACUUUGGCACAGACAAGGUUGUAGUUCUAGGACCCCCACUGAGAACUUGAAUCGCGUCCUCUAACCGAGUGUGAGGUUCUCCCUGCGCCCCCUUACAGUCUUUGGGGAGAGAAACCCAGAGCCUAGGAAGCCCCAAGCUGGGGCCCUGGUCCCAGCAUGUCAGUCCUCUCCUGUGCAUAGGGCUUUGCCCUCUUAAGGUGGGCAUGGCUGAGUUCAGGCAGGUUCCUGGGGGGCGGGAGACUCCCCAGGGGGAGCUGAGGCCAGAUGUUGUAGAGAAUGAAGUCCCUCGGAGCCCAGUCGCAGAGGAGCCUGGAGGAGGUGGAAGCAACAACAGUGAGGCCAAAUUGUCUCCAAGAGAGGAGGAAGAACUGGAUCCCAGAAUACAGGAGGAGCUGGAACACCUGAACCAGGCCAGCGAGGAGAUCAACCAGGUGGAGCUGCAGCUGGACGAGGCCAGGACCACCUACCGGAGGAUCCUGCAGGAGUCUGCUAGGAAGCUCAACAUGCAGGGUUCCCAGUUGGGGAGCUGCAUCGAGAAGGCCCGGCCCUACUAUGAGGCUCGUCGGCUGGCGAAAGAGGCCCAGCAGGAGACACAGAAGGCAGCCCUGCGGUAUGAGCGGGCCGUGAGCAUGCACAACGCUGCCCGGGAGAUGGUGUUUGUGGCCGAGCAGGGCGUCAUGGCCGACAAGAACCGGCUGGACCCUACAUGGCAGGAGAUGCUCAACCACGCCACCUGCAAGGUGAACGAGGCAGAGGAGGAGCGGCUACGAGGUGAGCGGGAGCACCAGCGGGUGACGCGGCUGUGCCAGCAGGCCGAGGCCCGGGUUCAGGCCCUGCAGAAGACACUCCGGCGGGCCAUCGGCAAGAGCCGGCCCUACUUUGAGCUCAAGGCCCAGUUCAGCCAGAUCCUAGAGGAGCACAAGGCCAAGGUGACAGAGCUGGAGCAGCAGGUGGCCCAGGCCAAGACCCGCUACUCGGUGGCCCUACGCAACCUGGAGCAGAUUAGCGAGCAGAUCCACGCACGGCGCCGGGGCCUGCCCCCCCGUCCCCCAGGCCCGCGGCGCUCGUCCCCUGUGGGCGCUGAGGCCUGGCCAGACGGUGGCGAGGACGGUGACAGCGGGAUCAUGGAAGGGGCUGAGGGAGGUGCGCGGGAGGAGGGUGGAGGCUUGGGGCCGGGUCCCGCCCCCGACGCGGACACGCUGAGCCUGUUGAGCCUGCGCACUGUGGCCUCGGACUUGCAGAAGUGCGACUCCGUGGAGCACUUGCGCGGUCUCUCGGACCAUGCCAGCCUGGAUGGCCACGAGCUGGGUCCCCGGAGUGGGGGCCGCGGGGGCCGCCACCAGCGCAGUAUCAGCCUGUAGCCUCAUGCUCAGGGUGGCCAGUGCGUCACACUGCUGAUGGUCCACGUGGGCCGGGUAGGCUGCAGCUCCUCUGCUCGGGUCCCUGCUUCUCCUGCAGAGGUUGGGUGGGCUGUGUCGGCCCUCCUGUCAGUUCUGCAACACCCCCCCCAGGUGUUGCAGGUGACAGCUCUCUGCCUUACCUUUUAGGAGGCUGCUGUGGCCCUCCCACAGUCUCCCCUGCUGGCUGCUCAGCCUGUUGGUCCCUUGCUGCCUUUUUCAGAGUCCCUUCUUUCUGCUGGCCUUUCACCACAGGGAACUUGGUUUAGAAGGUGUAGGGAGCCCAUCCCAGAAGGGGGUGCUGGACCUGAGUGAGCGGACAGGUGUUCUACCCAUCUCCCAAAGGCCUAAGGGUGGCAGCCCUGCACCCUUUCCCAGCCUGCCCUUAUGUCACUUAUAAGGUGCCUCUGAAAGACACCACCCCAGUCCCCUCAGCUCUCUCCUCAUGACCGAAGCCACUUUGUGUGCCCCAGAGUAGGACUUGAAAGGUGCCAGUGUAAGGGAAGGUGAAGCCCAGCCUACCGUAGGGGACAUCGCAAAGUCCACUCAGGCUCCCACAUGCAUGGCAUCUCCCCAGAUGGGCAGGCCCUCAAGUUGCCCAGGUGCUAGUGGCUCUCCCAAUGUCCUUGUGGGGUGCAGGUACAGGUAGGUCCUGGGGGCCGAGGCCCUUGCCAUCCUGCUGCCAAGGCACUCAUUUUUUCUGGGUAGAGGAUGCUGAGCAGACUCGGUGCCCUCCUCAGAGUGCCCCUGGGAACUUGGUGCUCCAUCCCAGCCCAGCAACACCCACUCUGGGGUCCCUUGGGCAUU